AAACUCAAACAGCAGCAAGUCCUUCAGGCCAUGAGACUAAGGGAGUCAGCGGCCUCUUCGAUUUGCUCAGCAAAGACUCCGGAACCCAUCCCGCUGGAGACCUUCAAGAAGGUGGCCUUUGAGUUUGAAAUCCCCGUCUGCAAAGGUGUCCUUGAUUACGCAGCCUCCGACCUGGCCCAGUUCAAGCAGUACUGCUGCCUCCUCUGGGGAAACGUCUUCACCUUCCUGCAGCAAGUGGAGGCGCUGAUGAAGGACUACGCCGUCCCUCUGGCCAUCGUCCUGGGGAAGAAAGUGAUGGACCUCGUGCCGGAUUUUGAGCUGAGCCAGAGAGCAACCCGGGAGGAAAUCCUCUCGGUCUUAAAGAAUGUCUCCACCGUUCAGAGGUUUCUAAAGCAGCCUGGCCGGAGAUACAAAGCUCAAAAUGGGAGGGAAAAAGCAGCCAUCAAGAUCCAGGCGACCUGGAAGUGCUACAAGUUGAGAAAAUCCUACAUUGGAUUCAGGCACCGGCAGUGGGCCUCGGGCAUCAUUGCCAUCUCUUGGCUGAUCCACGUUCACCUGCAGCGUGUCCGAAAGACCCUGAAGGAUUCCCGGCAGAAACACCUGGAGAACUUCCACCUCAGGACCAAGCAUCUGGCCGCCAACUGGAAUCGCAUCAGGAGCUCUAGGAGGACGAUUAUCCAUAUCCCAUCGUUAGGAUACAAGCAGUCCCUCCGAGAGGCCGAUCCAGAUUUCGCUGUUCAUCAGGGAUCGCAGUUCGGAAGGCUGUGCGAGAUCAAAGAUCCAAAUGUGGACGUCAUCUAUAUUUGCCCCUUGGAAUUAAGUGAAGAAUUGCUGCACUACUACCAUAAACUCCUGGGUUUGCAGCCAGCCGUUCGGUCUGGGAACCCCGAGGACGUUGGUGACCUACAGGACAGGUUCAAAAUCCUCACCCCUGAAGCCAUCAACAGUUUUCCUAACCGCCCCAUGUCCCUGGCUGCCUUCUUGAAAUACAGCCCUAAGACCCUUAAAAGGGUCAGAAACCUGGUCCAAGGCCAGGAGGCCUAUAUCGUGGGAGGCCUUCUGAACCAAGACGACCUGGAAGUGGCCGAUGCGUUAGACUUGCCCAUUCUCGGCUCUGAUCCAGAAGUGGCUCAUCUCUACAGCACCAAGUCUGGAAACAAAAGAGUCUUUGACGCUGCAGGGGUUCCGGUGCCUCCCGGGCAGUUUGACAUCUAUAGCAGGCAGCAGAUGAUUGAGGCCCUCAGUCAGCUGAUUAUAGACAACAUCGAAGUGCAACGUUGGGUGUUCAAGGUGGAUAAUGAAUUUGGGGGAAAUGGGACUGCAUUUUGUGACAUCGCUAAAUAUCUCCAAUGCUAUGAUUGGAUUAUGAAGGAGCAUCAUCGAUACGGAGCAGAGAUAUGGAGUAAGAGAUGGGCUCAUGAACCAGCUUUGGUGAGGCUCUCCCAGGAGCUGCCGGGCCUUUUAGCACAGCACGCUCAGCCUGUCAAUGAGAAACGAUUUCCUACAUGGGGGAAAUUCCUCCAAACGUUUGUGAGCCAAGGUGGAGUCAUAGAAGCCUUCCCGCCUUCCGAUAGCAUCACCAGCCUCACCGUGGACAUGCUGAUUGAACCGACCGGGGAACUCACCAUGGUUUCCUGCGGGGACCAGUUUCACGCCGACAGUCCCUUGCAGUCUUCAGGGACGACCCUUCCUCAGGCUUCCGUUGAACCCAAGCUCCUUCAUCAGCUGUGUUUUAAAAUCGGGGAGGCCUGCAAAUCCAGGGGCGUGGUGGGAUACUUUUCUAUCGACUUUGUGACUUUCAUCCACCCGCAGUCCUUGGCGCAGCAGGUUUGGGCCACAGACUUGGAUCUGCGCUACAGCGAUCAGCUGGCCAUGACUCAGGUCGCGCUCUACAUAACAGAGGGGAUCUUCGACUGCACGUCAAGUCGCUUCCAGAUACAACUCCCUUCAAAGAAGCCACCUGUGCAGAAGGAACAGACCCGAUCCACUUCCCUGGCCAGCCGCUACGUUCUCAUGAGCAGUUCGAUUAAGAAUGACAACCUUUCCUUCAUUUACUAUAAUGUUUUCCUCCAGAUGUGCAAGGCUCACGGGAUCGGCUACGAUGUGCAGCUAAAAGAAGGAACCGUUUUUAUCUUGUAUGAAGACAAGAAACGAAACACAUUUGGAAUGAUAUUGCCACCUUCGGAGAUUGAAAAUAUUCAUUAAAUCCCUCCGUCUGACAGGCCCAAAUGAGAGGGCGAUUGUUUUUAAGCGUGCGAAUAGAAUCAUUGGCAAAGACGUUUCUUUGGAUAUCAUUAACAGAACAAUUGGAGAACAUCUCCAGGGGGUCCUCAUGACCUUUGCUCAGCAUCUCUUCAUCAUCUAUCAAGAAUUAUCAGCACCUAAUAUGC